AUGGAUAACGUUCAUCAAUCCCCCGUGGCCCCUCGAAGGCGAUUCCUGGGCCUCAAUGGCACCAAACUUCAAAUUGCCAUCGGUCUGUUGGCUGGCAUGGACUUUCUGCUGUUUGGCUACGAUCAAGGUGUGACUGGUGGUCUGUUGACCCUCAAAUCCUUCAUCAAGUACUUCCCUUCUAUCGACACUACCGGUGCCAGCGCAACAAGUUCUGCGUCCACUCGACAGGGUAUCACUGUAGCUGCCUACAAUCUCGGAUGUUUCGCUGGAUCCAUUCCGACUAUCUGGGUGGGUAACAUGCUGGGUCGCCGCAAGGCCAUCUUUCUCGGUUCCUUUAUCAUGGUUCUCGGUGCUAUUCUGCAAUGUACUUCCUACGAACUCGCUCAACUGGUGGUAGGCCGUCUGGUCACUGGCUUCGGAAACGGAAUCAACACCUCAACUGUCCCGACUUGGCAAUCCGAGUGCUGCAAGUCCCACCGCCGUGGUCAGAUGGUCAUGAUUGAGGGUGCGAUGAUUACUUGCGGUAUCACAAUCAGUUACUGGGUCGAUUUCGGUCUCAUGUUCACCGAUCCUAGUGAGGUCGCUUGGCGGUUCCCCUUGGCCUUCCAGAUCUUCUUCGCAGCCGUCAUUCUCGGCUUUGUCAUGUUCCUGCCCGAGUCCCCUCGCUGGCUCAUUCUGAAGGGUCGCGAGGACGAGGCACGUGAGGUUCUGGCUUGUUUGAUGGGUGACGAGACCGACGAUCUCUUCAUCGACACCGAGUUUACCGCUAUCAAGGCCACCGUCUUGGAAAUGGCCAAGGGUUCAUUCCGCGAUAUGUUCACCAUGGGCCCAGAUCGUCACUUCCACCGUACGAUGCUUGCCUACGUCAACCAGAUGUUCCAGCAGAUUUCAGGUAUCAACCUGAUCACCUACUACAUUCCGACCAUCCUGGAAGACCAAAUUGGUCUCUCUGGCACGCUUUCCCGUCUUAUCUCUGCCUGCAACGGCACCGAGUACUUCGCCGCUUCGUGGGUAGCAGUGUUUACCAUUGAGAAAUUUGGCCGUCGCACGCUGAUGAUCUUCGGCGCUGUCGGCAUGGCUGUCUCCAUGGCAGUCCUGGCUAUCUCCGAAAGCAUUGCCCAAACCAGUGACGGUCAAAGAAAAACAUCCGCUGGUAUCGCCACGGUUGUCUUCCUCUUCGUAUUCAAUUCUUUCUUCGCGGUCGGCUGGCUCGGUAUGACCUGGCUCUACCCAGCCGAAAUUGUGCCAUUGAGGAUUCGUGCACCCGCCAAUGCUCUAUCCACCUCAUCGAACUGGAUCUGGAACUUCAUGGUAGUCAUGAUUACACCCGUCGCAUUUGCCAACAUUGGAUAUAAGACCUACGUUAUUUUCGCUGUCAUCAACGCAUGCAUCGUUCCGGUCGUAUAUUUCUUCUUCCCAGAGACCACAAACAGAUCCCUAGAAGAAAUGGACAUCCUCUUCCGUCGAUCAAACAACGUCUUCGACAUCGUCUCCCUUGCCCGGAGCGAACCACACAUGUAUGGACCCAAUGGUGAACUUCUCCGUACCCUCGACGACAUUGAGGACGAGGCAGUUCGUCGUGCUAGUGCUUUCAGUAACCAGGGAAAAGCCGCCGAGCGCCACCACGAGCACUUGGCUGAGAUCAAGGAUAGUGAUGGAGGUAGCAGUUCGGAGAAAUAG